AUUUUCUCCUCGACGUAAUGUUUUUUAAAUUUGCUUCUAUGGACAGAAUUUCAUAAGUACCUAGAAGGUAACUUCCGCUAUGUUGACAACCUUAGCUCUCGAGCCAUCGUGCUUAACCCAGCUCUGGGUGUCUUCAAACGGGGGGACCGACUCGGCUCUCGUCCUCGGCAACCCGCACGAUACGGGCUGCUGGCCUGCUGGCAGAGACCUGGCCACCACUAUCUCGCCUGCAAUAUGCCCGUCGGGAUAUGUGAGUGCAUGCGAUAUUACGUCGAGCCAUAGUACCGAUGAGACUGUGUGGGCGUGCUGUCCAACCCAGUUUAGUUGUGAUGGCGGUUACUACUCUUGCGUUUCGGGUUUGAAGCCCGGGGACACAAGGGUAUACACCGUGACCGACACUGAUCGCCUCGGAAAUACUUUCACAACGACGUUGUCAGGGGACGGAGGUGUAAAUGCGCACUCGAUCAAAGUCGCAUUUCAUUCAUCUGAUAUUAUCGCGACUUCCACGUCGACGCCCGGAGAUUCCGCGAAUUUGUCGACAGGCGCUGCUGGUGGAGUAGGGGUCGGGGUCGGCAUUGGCGUAUUCCUCCUGUGCUCCGGCGUUUCAUGGCUUGUGCUGAGACGGUAUAGACGCAAACGACUCUCCACGGCUCGUAAGCAGGAUGCUCCUCAGCAACUCCUAGGAUUAGACUCCCGUGGCUAUCGUAUGGACCCGUUGUCGAUGGGCAUAACCGAAUUGGAUGGCGCUCCGCGUUUACAAGAGUUGGGGACGAAGAGAAAAACGGGUGAACUUCCAGCUAGUUGACUAAUUGGCAAUAUAAAAGAUAUGGAGAACCUCCUGAAUAAAUGCGUGUUUAGACUCUCGCAUUUCCUACUGUGAAACGCCCUUCGCUACCUACUUUACGAAUCAGGGCGUAUUCUUCAAGCCCUGAAAAACGCCUUGUUGUCCACCUGACCUUGCAACAUCUUCGCUUAUAAGAUUGGGUAGGUUAGGUAGUUCAGCGAUGAAACUUUUAAUAUGAAUAAUGAAAAAAUGAUACAAUGUAUACACCUCUUAGACGGAAUACUUGAU